UAGCAUCUGUACUGGUGUGUGCGAGUGUAUUGUGAUAGGACCAAACUCGAGGUUUAAAGUAACAGGAUGUGGAGAGAAGUAGGAUUGUCCUGUCUAUCAUGAGGAGUCUAGUCGGCAUCCUGUGGAUAGUGCUAGUGCUCAUCUCAGGAUGCUGUUGCAACCCUGAUGCCAAGCGUUUGUAUGACGACCUACUCUCAAACUACAACAAGCUCGUGCGGCCUGUCGUCAACGUCUCAGAUGCUCUAACAGUCAAAAUAAAGCUCAAACUUUCCCAGUUAAUUGAUGUGAAUCUUAAGAACCAAAUCAUGACAACAAAUUUAUGGGUGGAACAGUCAUGGUAUGACUACAAACUACAGUGGGACCCUAGAGAAUAUGGUGGUGUAGAGAUGCUUCAUGUUCCUUCAGAUCACAUUUGGAGACCUGACAUCGUCCUUUAUAAUAAUGCGGAUGGCAACUUUGAGGUAACCCUAGCUACAAAGGCCACGCUAAACUAUACAGGACGGGUCGAAUGGAAACCUCCCGCCAUUUACAAAUCAUCUUGUGAAAUUGACGUGGAGUACUUCCCUUUCGACGAGCAAACUUGCGUCAUGAAGUUUGGCUCAUGGACGUACGAUGGGUUCCAGGUGGACCUGAGGCACGUGGAUGAAGUUAAAGAUUCCAACAUUGUCGAGAUUGGCGUAGAUUUGUCAGAGUUCUAUACUUCCGUUGAAUGGGACAUCCUUGAGGUUCCAGCUGUCAGGCAUGAAAAGUUCUACACGUGUUGUGACGAACCUUACCUGGACAUUACGUUCAACAUCACCAUGCGACGAAAGACACUUUUCUACACAGUCAACUUGAUAAUUCCCUGUAUGGGCAUUUCUUUUCUCACAGUACUUGUGUUCUACUUGCCUUCAGAUAGUGGAGAAAAGGUUAGUUUAUCCAUUUCCAUUCUACUGUCGCUCACUGUGUUUUUCCUGCUUCUGGCAGAAAUUAUUCCUCCUACAUCAUUGGUGGUGCCGCUUUUAGGCAAGUUCGUACUUUUCACAAUGAUCCUCGAUACCUUUAGCAUCUGCGUGACAGUGGUUGUACUUAAUGUACACUUCAGAUCUCCUCAGACACACACAAUGGCUCCUUGGGUCAAACGUGUGUUCAUCCAUAUUCUGCCUCGCCUGUUGGUCAUGAGGAGGCCACACUACCAGAUGGACAAGCGUAGUUUGGCGAGCUCAUGUCACCGCAUCAUGGUACGUACUUGCAACGGGUUGGAACUGAGAGAUCACCCAGGUCUCUUCGCUCAGAAUCCAGCUUCCGAACUUCUAGAUCCACAGGGGGACUCUUUUCCCACCCUCGAGAGGCUAGAAGACUUUGCACCCAGAGAGUUGGCUGCUAGCGGGCUUGGUAGUGGCUGCAAGAUCCAUGGUACUCCUCCACUACCUGCAAUGCUGUGUCCAGACGAACUACCCCCUCCACCCCCUUCGGAGGAACCUGGUCUUCCACCCCUCUGCCGACGACUCACCCAUUGGCACCAUUGCCCUGAGCUGCACAAAGCUAUAGAUGGUGUCAAGUUCAUAGCAGAUCAUACAAAGCGAGAGGAAGAUUCGACUAAGGUGAAGGAGGAUUGGAAGUACGUGGCCAUGGUCUUGGACCGUCUGUUUCUCUGGAUAUUCACGCUAGCCGUGAUGGUAGGAACGGCGGGUAUCAUCCUCCAAGCUCCUACUCUCUAUGAUGACCGAACUCCUAUCGAUGUCCGCCUCUCAGAGAUUGCAUCUACAACGGCAAAACCGCACUAUGCCACCGGCCUCUAAUCUAUAUGGGGUGGAUAAGGAAGGAUAACCAUUCGUCCAAAGUUCGUGGGAAAUGCAUGAAAACCUCCAAAGACUAACGUCGAUUUUCUAACACCCAUUUUAUAACUUGCUCACGGAUUAGUUGUAUGGACUCCUAGUUUCAAAUAGUAAAGAUAUAAUUAAUAGUAUACAAACCGAAAUUGUUAUAUAUAAUAUAAAUAUUAGUUGUAUUGAUUUAUAAGUGUUAUACGUGGGUACACGUAGACUAGAUUUUGAAGAGGAAUAUGCACAGUGUAAGAUUUGUUUACAUUGUAGAUGGACACCGGCUAUCAUUAUGACUAAAAGGUAUUAUUAGUAAUUGGUUACUCUGGGUGGCCACCAUAACAUUUAUUACAACUACUACUUUGGGGUAUUCCCGUGUUUUGUUUGUCUUUACACUUGUGUGAUAUUUUAGGCAUCAUGCUAAAACAAGAUGAAACAUUUGACACUACAUGCUCAUAAUAUGUAAUAUUUAUAAUAUGUAUUGAUUAGGGGUUUUAAGGAUUUUAAUAAGAUUGUUGCUAAAGAUGUAAGAUUAAGAUCUACUAACGUAGUUGCCAAGUGUGAAAUUUAGACAAGUCAUUUCAUGUUAUACGUGUUUCAAGCAUAUGACAGCUCAUCUUGAGCAGCAUUCACUAAUUUAACAUAAAUCACAUCAAGAAUUGUCCAUUGCAACUGCGCAAGUAGAACUUUAUAGUAUGAUUAAGUUUCAAAAGUGCUAUUUAGUUUAAAAUCAAAGUCGUAAGAUUGUCCUAUCUCAUAAUAGUUGGUUAAAUCCUAUACGAAUGCAUUACAUAACUAAGAACUUGCUUUCUCUUCUACUUCGCAAAACUUGUUAAAAUUAUUCUUCAAUGAUUAAAAACUGAAUACAUAGUAACUGGAUAAAAGCUCUGAAAACAUGAACAAACCUACUUGUACAACUGCCUCCCAACCACAUUUUAAACAACCAAAAUCUACUAUUCGUAUUAAUAAUGAUUAAUUAUCUAUCCACCUAUAUUGUCAUAUAUUUUUUUUACUAACAAUUCUGCAAGCAUAGGCGAAUGAUAAAGCCUUAUCUUUUUACAAAACCGUUUACAACUAUAUAUAUAUGCAAACUGGUGUGGACAGAGAGGCUUAUACUUGCAUGGACAGAGAGGCGAUAAACUUGUGUGGACAGAGAGGCGUAUACUUGUGUGGACAGAGAGGCGUAUACUUGUGUGGACAGAGAGGCUUAUGCUUGUGUGGACAGAGAGGCGUAUACUUGUAUGGACAGAGAGGCGUAUACUUGUGUGGACAGAGAGGCGUAUACUUGUGUGGACAGAGAGGCGUAUACUUGUGUGGACAGAGAGGCGUAUACUUGUGUGGACAGAGAGGCGUAUACUUGUGUGGACAGAGAGGCAUAUGCUUGUGUGGACAGAGAGGCGUAUACUUGUAUGGACAGAGAGGCGUAUACUUGUGUGGACAGAGAGGCGAUAAACUUGUGUGGACAGAGAGGCGUAUACUUGUGUUGACAGAGAGGCGAUAAACUUGUGUGGACAGAGAGGCGAUAAACUUGUGUGGACAGAGAGGCAUAUGCUUGUGUGGACAGAGAGGCGUAUACUUGUAUGGACAGAGAGGCGAUAAACUUGUGUGGACAGAGAGGCGUAUACUUGUAUGGACAGAGAGGCGUAUACUUGUGUGGACAGAGAGGCGAUAAACUUGUGUGGACAGAGAGGCGUAUACUUGUGUUGACAGAGAGGAGAUAAACUUGUGUGGACAGAGAGGCGAUAAACUUGUGUGGACAGAGAGGCAUAUGAUUGUGUGGACAGAGAGGCGUAUACUUGUAUGGACAGAGAGGCGAUAAACUUGUGUGGACAGAGAGGCGUAUGCAUGUGUGGACAGAGAGGCGUAUACUUGUGUUGACAGAGAGGCGAUAAACUUGUGUGGACAGAGAGGCGUAUACUUGUGUUGACAGAGAGGCGAUAAACUUGUGUGGACAGAGAGGCGUAUACUUGUGUGGACAGAGAGGCGUAUACUUGUAUGGACAGAGAGGCGUAUACUUGUGUGGACAGAGAGGCGUAUACUUGUGUGGACAGAGAGGCGUAUACUUGUGUGGACAGAGAGGCGUAUGCUUGUGUGGACAGAGAGGCGUAUACUUGUAUGGACAGAGAGGCGAUAAACUUGUGUGGACAGAGAGGCGUAUACUUGUGUGGACAGAAAGGCGUAUACUUGUACGCUUUAUUUUUUUCCUUCGGUAUUUUCUUUUAGUCGAGUUAUCAUAUGACCUAUCUGUCUGUAAAUAAUUUUUUUUCUGUAAAAUAUAUUAAAGACAAGCAUUUUUCGUGGAUAAAUUUAUAGAUUUUCGUUUAGUUUAAAUAAAAAAAAAUAUAGGACAUGGUAUUUGUGGACCGGCUUGAUAACAAAUCUUCCACUGUGCAUGUUUUUAAUAUUAGCACAAACUCAACCACAUGACAAUAUUCUAUGUCGCUUUUAGCGUCUAAAUCUUCCCAGCUUGUUGACAUAUUAGUUUUUGUUGGAAAUUCGUCACUUCUAGUCGAAUUUGUUACUUAGUCACUACAUAAAACUACGUUAUUUGUUUGAUGAUGUUGGUUUGAAUAUUUGAUCAACUAUGUUUAUUAGGGUCGUUUUACUUGUUUUUAAACAGGCUAAGUUUCAGUGGAUCUUUUAAUCAAAUUACCUACAUUAUAGAUUUUUAAUGACAAUUUGAAUCAUCAUAUACAAAAUCUUUUAUUUAAUUUUAAAACAUUUAAUAUAUACAAGACGAGAGGUGUAAAAAUAUUAAUUCGAUUUUUCAUAUAUUACACACGCGGCUUACCUCUGUUUAAAGACCUUCAAAAACCGUAUCCGCCAGAUUUUUUCCGGUUGAAAAGAACGUAAGUAUGGCCGUAAAAUAUAAUCUAAAUAAUAAAACUCAAAAAAUCUUGAAAUACUUUAACAUAAUUCUAAUCCAACCAAAACCUGUAUGAAAAAACAAGUAAGACCCCUUAUUAAUUUUAGUGCCUUUUUAUUUAUAGAACGAUCUUCGUAUCCAUGAAAGAGUGUUGUUUCAUGUAUUACUAAGUUAAGAUCGUAAAAUUUCCUCAAAUGUUUUUGAGCCUUUUUUCAACCCAAGAUGCUUGCAACUUUAUACUUUUGCGAUCUAGAGGCAUACUGUGUCACCCUUUCAUCAAUGUAUAUGCCAUGUAUUUACUGUAAAUUCUCUAGAGAGAGUAAGUAAGGGUGCCAAGGUAUGACGAUUGUUGACUGUCUCACAGCCAAUUAUUUCCAUGGAUUUAUUUUAUACUUGUUAUGGUCCAUGGACAUUUAUUGGAAUGUUGAUACCUUAUUUAUUAUAAUGCAUCUUAACACAUUUUAUUUUCGAUAUGGAUAAAAAUGGAGCGUAAUAUAAGUUUAAAAAAGAGAAAACCACCAUACUAUGUAUCAGAAUGUCAACAUUUACCAAUAGCUUUCAAAUACAAUUAAUGUUCAAAGAUUUGUUAUUAUACAUAAAUUCUACGAGCAAAAACUGAUUUAAUAACCAGUAAAUUUGAAUUAAUUUGGCAUGAAAACAAACGGUUAAACAAUAUUAUAUAUUACAAUAAAAAAUAAUGACGUAAUGCUAAUUUCAAUCAAUCACGUUUGGCACCCUUUCCUUACAUUUUAUAAAGUAAACUAUUGAACUAAAGUUAGCUAAAGGGACCAAAUGGGCCCAUGUAAUAGAAUUGUGAUAGUUUUGGAUCGAAGAUGUCGUGUUAUUUAAUUAUUUGUUUUUGUAUUUAUAGUAAUUAAAUAAAAUUUAACGUUACUACGUCAUUCAAGUAUUCCUAGAAUCAUUUGCUAAAUUAUAACAAUAAUACGAAUUAUAAUAUUUAUUAAAAUUAUAAAAAAGAUAGAUGGUUCAGACAAAAUGUAUUCUAUGAGUUACUAUAAAAAAUGGAUACUAAAUGCAAUGGAUGAAUUGUUUAAGCUUAACACGAUAGCAUUAUGUUUAUAAAAUUAUUUUACAGCAAUUAGGUGAUAUAUCGAUACUCUGUUACGUGACGGUAUUUUUGUCUGCACGUCGAGCAAUUUUAAGUGACUUUAAGUAACAAGGGGGUAUCAAUUUACAUGCAAGGGAUCAAAUCAUUUAGUUGAUAUACCAUAGUUUGAUUUUCAACGAAGGAUAUAUGUUCCUAAGCUAGCUAUUAUUAUCAUUAUACGAUAGGGACGCCACUAUGUGCGUAUUUUAACCCAAAUAUGAGUGAAUGAUGAGUGUAGAAUGUUAUCAGAUGACCUGUGUAGCCUUGUUACUAAGAUCAGCUGUUUCAUCAGUCAGCAUCAUUUAUUUAAAGACCAAUGAUCAGGGACAGCCUGGCCCAGUUUAGAACCAUCAAAAAGCUACUGAAUUUUCUCAGGAUCGAACCGGCGACCUUAUGAUAGCUAGGUGAGCACUAUAACCACUCAACUACUAUUGCUUCAGUAAAGCAAAUUAAAUACUCAACAAUACUUUCCAAACAAAUAUGUCCAGCGCAAUAGUGUAUUUUUCGUUCUAAUCUCUGAUCUGGAGAUCUCUGAUUUAAUCAAUAUAAAAAAAUAUUUCAAAUAUUUUACUGUACAAAAGUUUUUUUUUGAAAUCCAAAAUCUUAUUUAAAACAGAUACAUUCCGCUACAUUUACUUUUAUAAUUUUUAUAAUCUAAAUAAAAUACGCGCGUAUCAAAAUACGUACAAUACACUUACGUAGAUAUUUGGGGUUUUACUUAGAAGUUGGGACAUAAACUAACUAUAUUCAGCAAAUGUAUAGAUAUUUUUGUAACGGCUUUCGCUCUUGACCACUGAGUGUUGGCGACAUAGGUUGUUGCUGUUUGAUUCAGAUUUAAACCACAUGGUUGAUUACUUGUCCCAGUAAAAUCUUGGGAACUAUUUAUAAUUAGUUUAGUUGUUUGUUAAAUCUAAGCACGUACUAUUUGGCAUGUUUGGAUGGGAUGUGUCGAUGUAUUUAGUUUUAUCAAUGGUCAACCUAAUUAUUUUCUAUUUAACGGGUUACAAGAGUGGUUUAAAAUUGAGGAAAGUUUGAAUGUAGUUCCCAGGCAACUGGCAAUUAAUAGUGACGACAGUUGAAUGAUCCACGGAUAUUUGACCAGGAGUAAAAUGGGAUAUCAUUGCCAUGGUCAGUAACAAAUCUAGUUUUACUGAAUCAAAAAUGAUCAAAUAUUAUUCCAUUUCUUCUUUUUAUAAAUUUCUGAACUGGAUACAAUUAAAUUUGUGAAAAAUGUGACAAAAGUGCGGGUUUGUUUCCCGUCAAUAUAUUACUAUAACUUAAACCACAUUAAAUCGUAAAAAAAAAUGUUUGUUUUUAAAAGGGUACUCAUAAGACAUUGUGAAAUAUCUACAAAUUAAUGAAUUUGUUUAGAUGAUUCACAUAGAAAAAAUCAUACCUAACAAGCUAGAAUAGUUUGAAAUAUUUUAUUCCUUGAUUUUUAGUUGGAUUUUCAGAAGUAAAACGUGCAUGUCAUACAGACCUAUUUAUGAAAGAAUAUUGCUUUAAACUUGUUUUUUGUAAAAAUUAUAUACUUAAAUUUGGUGUUCUGUCCAGCCUUUCAAUAGUGUAAACAUUUCUACAUAAUCAUAAAAUGCUCCCAAAAUUCACUGGGUAUAUUUCACUUAUUAAGAUCCGUUUUUGUAUACAAACUCUUUGUCCGGUAGCUAUUUGCUUAAGGAGUAACAAAUCAAACGGACAAUAGUGCUAUAUGCAAUAGAGUAGAGUUUCAUUUCAAAAGUGACCCAUAUCACCUGUUUGAUGCUGAUGCAGUCCUUGAAUGGAGACUAGCGCUCAGUCUGUCCCACCUCUUUUACUCGAAACAUCUUGAGAUGGAGACUAGCGCUCAGUCUGUCCCACCUCUUUUACUCCAAACAUCUUGGGACGGGGACUAGCGCUCAGUCUGUCCCGCCUCUUGUACUCCAAACAUCUUGGGACGGGGACUAGCGCUCAGUCUGUCCCACCUCUUUAACUCCAAACAUCUUGAAUGGAGACUAGCGCUCAGUCUGUCCCACCUCUUUUACUCCAAACAUCUUGAAUGGAGACUAGCGCUCAGUCUGUCCCACCUCUUUUACUCCAAACAUCUUGAAUGGAGACUAGCGCUCAGUCUGUCCCACCUCUUUUACUCCAAACAUCUUGAAUGGAGACUAGCGCUCAGUCUGUCCCACCUCUUUUACUCCAAACAUCUUGAAUGGAGACUAGCGCUCAGUCUGUCCCACCUCUUUUACUCGAAACAUCUUGAGAUGGAGACUAGCGCUCAGUCUGUCCCACCUCUUUUACUCCAAACAUCUUGGGACGGGGACUAGCGCUCAGUCUGUCCCGCCUCUUGUACUCCAAACAUCUUGGGACGGGGACUAGCGCUCAGUCUGUCCCACCUCUUUAACUCCAAACAUCUUGAAUGGAGACUAGCGCUCAGUCUGUCCCACCUCUUUUACUCCAAACAUCUUGAAUGGAGACUAGCGCUCAGUCUGUCCCACCUCUUUUACUCCAAACAUCUUGAAUGGAGACUAGCGCUCAGUCUGUCCCACCUCUUUUACUCCAAACAUCUUGGGACGGGGACUAGCGCUCAGUCUGUCCCACCUCUUUAACUCCAAACAUCUUGAAUGGAGACUAGCGCUCAGUCUGUCCCACCUCUUUUACUCCAAACAUCUUGAAUGGAGACUAGCGCUCAGUCUGUCCCACCUCUUUUACUCCAAACAUCUUGAAUGGAGACUAGCGCUCAGUCUGUCCCACCUCUUUUACUCCAAACAUCUUGAAUGAAGACUAGCGCUCAGUCUGUCCCACCUCUUUUACUCCAAACAUCUUGAAUGGAGACUAGCGAUCAGUCUCUCCCACCUAUUUUACUCCAGACAUCUUGGGACGGAGACUAUUAGUUUCAAUUUAUUUUCUAAACAUCAGAGAUUACACAAGCCAAGUGUAAGUGAAUAUUUCCUGUAACUUUAAAUAGUAAUAAUGCGUUGCGAUUGUAAAAACGGUUU